AUGGUACCAUUCGGUGGCUAUUCUAUGCCUCUGACUUACGAAGGUGUGGGGCAAGUUGCGUCUCAUAAGCACGUGCGUGAGCACGCUGGCCUAUUUGAUGUGGGACACAUGGUUCAGCAUAUGUUUGAGGGGCCAACGGCGCUCGCGUUCUUGCAGCACAUCACUCCCGCAUCACUCUCAAAUACUGCGCUCGAGUCAUUCUCAUCAACACUAUCAGUACUCUUGUCGAAGGAGGGUGGCAUCUUGGAUGACUUGAUUAUCACGAAGCAUAGCGAUACAAGUUUUUAUGUGGUUACCAAUGCUGGACGUCGUACGGAAGACCUCGCGUGGAUCGAAGAGCAGUUGCGCGAGUGGAACGAUGCACAUAAGAGUGAAGGCGAGACGACGCAUCGGGUCAUGGAAGGCCAGGGCCUUGUGGCUCUUCAAGGCCCAUCGUCAGCUGCCGUUCUGGCUAAGCUUGUGCCAAGCGACUUUGACUUGGCCACACUGACAUUUGGCCGGAGUGCGAUGAUAGCACUAUCGAUGAAAGGAGAUGGAUCAGGAAAUGAGCGUGUUCUGUGUCAUGUUUCUCGCGGCGGCUACACGGGCGAAGAUGGCUUUGAGAUCUCGAUUCCUGCCGAGGCCACCGAAACCGUCACGCAAGCGAUUCUAGACAAUCCAGAAGUGCAGCUUGCCGGUCUUGCUGCUCGUGAUAGUUUGCGCCUUGAAGCAGGUAUGUGCUUGUACGGGCACGAUCUCGAUGAGAGUGUGAGUCCUGUGGAAGGUGCUCUUGCUUGGACUGUCGGCAAAGACCGUCGCGUGACAGGCGACUUCUUGGGCGCCGAGCGUGUUCUGCGUGAACUCAAAGAAGGACCACCGCGCCGCCGCGUCGGCUUGCUCGUAUCGCCGGGAUCGCCAGCUCGCGAGGGAACCAAGGUUUUCACCCCGGACGGCAAAACGCACAUUGGACGCAUCACGUCCGGCAUUCCUUCGCCGACAUUGGGCCAGAACAUUGCAAUGGCUCUAGUGCAGAACGGCCACCACAAAAAGGAUACACCGCUCCUGGUUGAGGUGCGCAAUAAGAUGCGUGAGGCUACUGUGACACGUCUUCCGUUUGUGCCGAACAAAUUUUACCGUGGCUGA